AGGAGAGCCAGGAGAGAGUCGGUCAUCACCUCAAGUCAAGUUAAACAAUCUCUCUCUCUCUCUCUCUCUCUCUCUCUAAUGGCUCAAACUACUCCAAACCACACACAAACUGUGUCCGGUUGGGCAGCUCAUGACACCUCGGGCAAGAUCACCCCUUACAUCUUCAAACGAAGAGAAAACGGCGUAAACGAUGUUACCAUAGAAAUCUUGUACUGUGGGAUUUGCCACACUGAUCUCCACCAAGUCAGGAAUGACUGGGGCAUCACCAUGUAUCCUAUUGUACCCGGGCAUGAGAUUACUGGGCUGAUAACGAAGGUGGGAAGCAAUGUAAAGGGGUUCAAAGUAGGAGAUAAAGUAGGGGUAGGGUGCUUGGCAGCAUCGUGUUUGGAUUGUGAGUUUUGCAACAACUCUCAGGAGAAUUACUGUGACCAAGUUCAGUUCACUUACAAUGGCAUCUUCUGGGAUGGUACUAUCACUUAUGGUGGCUACUCAAAAAUGUUGGUUGCAGAUCACAGAUACGUGGUGCACAUACCAGAAAAUCUGGCAAUGGACGCCGCAGCACCGCUACUAUGUGCGGGAAUAACAGUGUUCUGCCCCAUGAAAGACAAUAACUUGGUCGGUGGAGCAAUGGGGAAGAAGGUGGGGAUAGUGGGUUUGGGAGGACUUGGACAUGUGGCUGUCAAAUUUGCCAAGGCAUUUGGUCAUCAUGUUACUGUUAUCAGUACCUCUCCAUCCAAACAAAAUGAAGCCAAAGCUCGUUUGGGCUCCGAUGAUUUCAUAGUCAGCACCGACGAUCAGCAAAUGCAGAAAGCCAGGAGGAGCCUAGACUUCAUUUUGUAUACAGUAUCAGCUAACCACUCCCUCGGUCCCAUCUUGGAAUUGCUCAAAGUGAAUGGGACUUUGGUGUUUGUUGGUGCACCAGAGAAGCCAAUUGAAUUGCCUUCUUUUCCUUUGAUAUUUGGAAAGCGAGUUGUGAAGGGCAGUAUGAUAGGAGGAAUGAGAGAGACACAAGAGAUGAUGGACAUUUGUGGCAAGCAUAACAUUACUUGUGACAUCGAGGUUAUCAAACCGGACAAUAUUAACGAGGCCAUGGAUCGCCUUGUUAGGAAUGAUGUUCGGUAUCGUUUUGUCAUAGACAUUGCAGCUCUUUAAUUAGAUGCGUAGGAGUCUUGCAUCUUCUCUAUUUCCUUGUGUUCUUGUUUGUUUAUUUUUGUGGGUUUGUGCUUCUAUUAUCAUCUGAUUUAUGCAUUGGAUCAGUAUGUCUUCCUGAGUUGAAGACUGCUCCCAGUUCUUUAUCUGACUUUUUUUGGGUUCUUAGAGAUGUUAAUUUUUUAGAACAUAAUUUGGUCCAUUGGGCUGCAAGUUGUAUCUAAGAUAGGCCCGUGGGCAUCUUCUAUCUUCUCUCUUGAGUUUUCUUCACGGAAGAUUGAGAUGGAUUUGAACCAUCCUCUGUUUAUUUUAUUUUCUUUAUAUGAAAUAUAUCAUCAUCAUUAUUCAA